UUGUCUUGCUUGUCAGGUCUUGUCCAUGGUUUUCAGCAGCCAUUAACCAUUUGUUAUCGUGUCGUACCAGGAAAAUUGUGAAACAAAAUGUUGCGAUCCACUUCAGGUAGAUUAGUAAAUGUCCUCAAAAAAUCCCUGGUCUCACCCUCCAGAGUAUGCGCCAUCAAUGCUGUGAGAAGAUCGCACGACGGCCCCCAGGAAUCCAGCGAAGAAUUCGAUGCCAGGUAUGAAGCGUUCUUCAACAGACGGGACAUCGAUGGUUGGGAGAUCCGCAAGGGGAUGAAUGACCUGUGUGGUAUGGACUUGGUGCCCGACCCAAAGAUCAUCUGCGCUGCCAUGCAGGCAUGCAGGAGGGUGAAUGAUUACGCCCUUGCUGUUAGGUUUAUUGAAGCUUGCAAAGAAAAGUGCGGAAACAGGGUGAAUGAAAUUUACCCUUACAUCAUCCAAGAGAUCAAACCCACACUUACAGAACUUGGCAUCGAUACCCCCGAGGAGCUCGGCUAUGACAAGCCUGAGCUGGCAUUAGAAAGUGUCUAUGAGAUGUGAGGUGUCUAUGGAUAGAAGAAAUUAUGCGAUAGUAGUUUUAAUUUGUAACAUUUUAUUUAAUUUAAACGGCGAGACCACCAUUCAAUGAGUAUUCCAUUUGUUUCGGUGAUAAUAACCAUUGUUAUAAAAUAAAUGUUUCUCCAUGUGGGAAAGUUAGAAAACUA